AUGCACCUGCAGCCCCGCGCCAGUCAGUGCAUGGCUGCGGCUGUGCCUGCCCGCGAGCGGGGACCGGCGGCCGCCGACUCCGUCCACAUCUCCAGGCCAGGGCUGAUGGCGAACAGCGGCAGGGACAGCGGAUUUCAGGCCGCCCUGGCCCCAGCCCCUGAGCAGGGGAGGCAAGGAGGGGCCCUGCGGUCGCCCCGACUGUUGCCCGGCGCACGAAGCCCCAGUCCGUGGAGGCGGAGGGCGAGGGGCGGCGGCGCAGGGGAGCACAAGGGCGGACGGCGAGGCAGAUUUCGGAGCCGCGGCGCUUACCUGAUAGUCGACAGAGGCGAGGACGGGAGAGGACAGCGGAGGAGGAGAAGGUGGCUGUGGUGGCGGCGGCAGAAGGAGUCAGAACAAGGACAGGCCUGUGAUGUGUCUGUCUGUGAGGAGGAGGACAAUGUCCUAAGGAAUGGAGAGGAAGAAAGUGAAGGGAGCCAGGUUCCGGAUGUCCAUGUGAAACAGUAGCCGAGGAUGUGCACUGUGGACUGCUACAAGAAAGAGAGACUUCAUCUUCCUUAAGGCAUUGAUUUAUCAUGGGUCUCUUUGUUAUAGCCACUUAACGUUACCUUAAUACACCCACUUCAUGGAUAAGUAAAACUGAGGCUUGGAGAAGCUCACAUUGACACAGCAAAGAAGGCUGGGACUCUUGUGCUGGUUAAAUGGACCUUGAUGUCUCCCAAAUGUUUUCAUGCUGGAUGCUGAGCCACUCUCCUGGCUGCAACUCUGAGGCCAGGCAGACUUCUCGCUGGAAAGAGAACUUGAACACUGGUAAGAGGUGAAUUUGAAGUCAGGAGCCCCAGGUUUUGGCUCUGCAGGUUUGCACCCAGCUCCGUGGUGUGUGCUCUCACAGGUCACCCAGGACCUCCUGUCCAGGCCUCUUCAGGCCACCCAUGAUGGAGUGGAGUUGAGGAAUGAGGUUUUCAAAGCAGUUAGCACGUGGGAGAGUAACCCUGGGGCCUCCGGAACCAGAAAGGAGGGAUUUAGGGGCUGGAGCUUGGCAGUCCAGGUUCCGUUGUCCUCAUGUUCUCCCCACUGGCCUGGCCUGUCACUCCAGCCUCUGCAUAAGUUGUCACAUGGCAUUCUCCCUGUGUGUCUCUGUGUCUCUUCUUUAUAAGGACAUAGUCAUAAUGGAUUAGGGGCCAUCCUAAA